AACCCUAGCUUCCCUUGCUUCUCCCCUCCGAGCUCGCUCUGCCACCGCCGCUAGGCGUUAGCUCGAUUCUCACAUCCAUGGUGCUCGGCCUGUACCCCUUCGCCGAUAUCGCCGCCGACGGCGCUCCCCGCCUCGAUGCUGCCGCCGGGGAGGAGCUCGUCCGCGUCCAGCUCGCCGCUGCGCUCGCCCUCGGCUCCCGCGCGCCGGAGCCACCCGGGACCCUAUUCCUAACAACCAGGAGAGUGAUUUGGGUCGUUGAGGGUGGCAUGGCCUACGCCGUGGACUUCAUCGCCGUCUCGCUCCACGCCGUGUCGCGCGACCCCGAGGCGUACCCAUCCCCCUGCAUCUACACGCAGAUUGAGACAGAAGCUGGUUCCGAUGAUGAGUCUGAUGAAUCAGAUUCUGAAGUAAAUGGAGAAAUAGAGCUCUCAAAAGUAACUGAGAUGCGCAUCAUACCAUCGGAUCCUGGUCAACUGGACGGACUCUUUGAAGCAUUCUCCCAUUGUGCUGAGUUGAACCCUGAUCCUAAUGCUGAGAGUGACGAGGAGAAUGGCUGGGUUCAUGGUGAUGAAGGUGAUGAAGAUAUGACAGAUGGAAGUGAUGCAGAGUUUUCAGAUGUCAACCCAAUAGGUCAAACUGAUGACCACGACAUUACUCAUGCUGUAGUUGAGGUGCAGCUCCAGAUACAAGACCAACGUUUUCAGGAUGCAGAGGAAGCAGACGAGGAGAGCAACAGAAACGGGCACUAGAAAUCAUCUUAUUUCCUCUCAAGGGAAUCAUGUAAUUGGUUCAUUGUACAUCACCUUUUUCCCUGAUGCAGCAUGGCAUGCAACAUAUUUGUGAAAGGGAACAUUUUUAUGUGCAAACCAACCCUUCCGUGCAAACCGUGCAAACUUUAACCCUUAGUUUGCACCUGAUAUGUUCCCCUUUGUGAAAGGGUCGUGCUACUGGUCAAGAAACAUUUUCUCAAGAAGAUAUAACGGAGAUGAAAGAGCUACUCUUGUUUGUUGUA